GUGAGCAGCCCCCUUGGUACCGCCCGCUCCCCGGGGUGGCCGGAGGGGCGGUACCGGUACCAGUACCGGUACCGGGGUUGCGCUGUCGGGCAGCUCAGGGUCGCGGCUGCUCGGCAGUGGCCAUGGCACCGGGUGCGCCCCGGUUACUGGGCUGGGCCCUGGCGGCGGCGGCGCUGUCGGCGGCAGUGGCGCUGGACAACGGGCUGGCGCGGAGGCCGCCGAUGGGCUGGCUGCACUGGGAGCGCUUCCUCUGCACCACCGACUGCGCCGCCGAACCGCACCGAUGCGUCAGCGAGCGGCUCUUCGUGGAGAUGGCCGAUGUGAUGGCUGCUGAGGGCUGGAGGGACGCGGGCUACGAGUUCGUCUGCAUUGAUGACUGUUGGAUGGCCCCAACGCGGGAUGAACGCGGCAGGCUCCAGGCUGACCCAAAACGGUUCCCCAGCGGGAUCCGCAAACUGGCCGAUUAUGUCCACUCCAAGGGGCUGAAGCUGGGAAUCUACAGUGAUGUCGGGACCAAGACAUGUGCUGGCUUCCCUGGCAGCUACAACCACUAUGAUGUGGAUGCCCAAACGUUUGCCUCCUGGGGUGUGGACCUGCUGAAGUUUGAUGGCUGCAACUCUGGCUCGCUGGAGCUGCUGGCAGAAGGUUACAGACACAUGUCUCUGGCCCUGAACAAAACUGGAAGGAGCAUUGUGUACUCCUGUGAAUGGCCAUUCUACUUAAGGCCUGUGCAGCAGCCCAAUUACACAGAGAUCAAAGAGUACUGCAAUUACUGGAGGAACUUUUUUGAUGUCUAUGAUUCCUGGAGCAGCAUCAAGAGUAUCUUGGACUGGACAGCACUUCACCAGGAGAGCAUUGUGAAGAUAGCUGGGCCAGGGGGCUGGAAUGAUCCUGACAUGCUGGUGAUUGGAAACUUUGGGCUGAGCUGGGACCAGGCAGUGACUCAGAUGGCAAUGUGGGCUAUUAUGGCAGCUCCCCUCUUCAUGUCCAAUGACCUGCGGCACAUAAGUCCUGAAGCCAAGUGGCUGCUCCAGAACAAAGAAGUGAUUGCCAUAAACCAGGAUCUGCUGGGCAAGCAGGGAUACCAAAUCACCAAGGACAAGAACUUUGAGCUGUGGGAGCGGCCCCUGUCUGGCCGAGCCUAUGCUGUGGCAGUGCUGAACCAGCAGGAGAUUGGGGGACCUCAGAACUUCACCUUCUCCCUCACCUUCCUUGGCAAUGGGCUCGCCUGCAACCCAGCAUGUUCCAUCCAGCAGGUCCUACCAGCCAGCAGGGACUGGGGAGUUUACAGCUGGGUCUCAUCUCUGAGUGUGGAGGUGAACCCAACAGGCACCGUGCUGCUGAAAGUAGUGCCAGUAUAGAAGGGACAGUGAGAAUCUUUCAGUAAGACUCAGACUCUGUUUCCUUAAGAAGCCUUUCUCCUUUCAAUCAGGGUGACUUUGUUCUCUCCUCAGGUGUUCAGUGGACUCUGAACACCUCCAGCCAAAUGUGACAAGUAAUACCCAUUACUCCAUCACCAAGAGGUAACAGAGAAAGGGGUGCUGCUUCUCUUCUGUUUACCCUUUCUCUGGCAUCUCACCGAACUGAGGGGCUGUAACUCCUGUUAAUGCCCACUGCCACUACCAGUCCAAUAAAUGCAAAGGAUAUAUACAGCAUCUUAGAGCAUUUCAGGGACAAUAAGGAAACACCCUGGCUCCCUUGCUCUGCCAGACUGGGGGACACAGACCAAAACCAAAGCUGCUCUAUUCCCUGAAGAAACCAAAAAAUAUCAUGGUGGGGACAUUACCUUCUAACAACUCAGGGAUUGGCAAUCACUGCAUCUCUUAGCAACUGCUUUCUUGACAGUUGCCUGCUUAGUGUAAAUGUGAUUAUUAUGCCUUAGGAUUGAACUUUUCAGGGUUUCUCCUUAUCACAGGAGUCUUCCUCUUACCAGUGGUUGCCAUCACUUCCCUUUAGAUGCCAGUUCCCUCUCUAACUUAAUGGGGUCACUGGGUUCCUGUUCCUCAGUGCCUCCCAGAAAUACCUGCAUGUUUGCUUCCCACUGCUGGCACUAUUAGAAUCAAAAUACCAGGUUGGAAGAGACCUCUGGUCCAAACUUUCAUAGCACAAGCACAGUCUAGAGAAGAUGGCCCAGCACCCCGUCCAGAUGAAUCUUUAAAGUGUCCAGUGUGAGGGAAUUCCCCACUUCCCCAGUGAAUAAUAUUCCUCAUGAUCAAUUGAAAUCCCCCCAGGAGUAACUUGUACCCCAGUAUUUUUUCUUAGGAUUCCUUGUAAAAAGUUUCCAUUUUCACAGUCACCCACCAACUACUGGAACAUAGCAAUGUGGUCUCCCCUAAGCCUUUUCUAAAGGGUCAGCAAACCAAACUCAGCCCUUCCUUGUCCUGGAGGCUUCCUGGGCCCCCGUUUAUCUUUGUGGCCCUUCUCUGGACCCUUUCCCCAUCUUUUUUUUGUGUAACAGGGAACAAAACCAUACACAGUAUUCCAGGUUUGGCCUGACAAGGCUGAAGAGUGGGAUAACAGCUUUGUCUCUGCUGGUGGUGACUCCACUUCGUGUUCACUUUGCCACAGCAGCACACUGUUCCUUCAUACUGAGCUUUUUGUCCACUAGGACCCACCAGGUCCCUUUUCAUAACAGCUGCUCCUCAGUCUGUGCUGCACUCCUGAAUUAUGUUUCCCCAGGUGCAAGGUCUUGUAUUUGUCUUUGUUGAACUCCAUAUGGUUCUUGGUGGCCCACUCUUCCAGCCUACACAGAUCCUCCUGCAAGGUGCUCCCUUUCCUGCUUAGAUUGGUAUCAUCAGCAACCUUGAACAGGAUACACUUGAUCCCAUCAUCCAGAGCAUUUAUGAAAAUAUUAAACAGCACUGGAUUUAGGUUGCAUAAUACAGGUUCUUCUGAGACAGGAGACUGAUACUUAAUCACACAACCAUCAUGUGCAAGUAUGUUCUCUUCUGACUACUAUGUAAUCCAGAUAUUUGUUCUUACUUAAGCACUGUGAUUAAAAUGUCCCUUAAAAUGCU